CGCUAUCUUCUUACAGCCAGUAAUCCAACACCGCGAUACACACUCAGUCGUAUUGUUUCUUUCGGUGCAGAAUGCCGUGAACAGGCGCGUAACAUGGACAACGGGAGCAAGAACCACAUACAGGGCCGAGUACGAGUAGUGCUUCGCCGCGAUCACUGCGACCUCGACUGCUCCAGGACAUUUGGACGCAGCGACAGCUUCGGAUCUUCGGUCGACGUCAACUUCGUCGACAGCAAUGACGGCUCCUAUUCCUGUGAGGCGCUUCGGAACGACUUCGGUCGCCUUCCGGACCAACUGACCGAGUACGUGAGGACGAAACUUCGCUGCCACUUCAUGAACCCCAUUGAAAAAUGGCGCACGAGGGGGCGUCUCCCGUGGAAGCUGAUCUUGCAGAUCUUGAAAGUGUUUGUUGUGACGGCGCAAGUGAUUGUGUUCGGUUGCGCGAGUUCAGCCUUUCAGGAGCAACACAGGAACACGAGGAUGACCCUCGAACACCUGCUCCUGAAAGGUUGGGACACCGCGAGGGACGUGUUAAUAUACCCGCCGCCCCAAGGUCCGUACGCUGUGUACACCGUGACAGAGUUCUACGAGCACGUCGAGUAUGUUGUGCAGCAUUACAGCAGCAUCACAACGGCACCGAUCAGGACGUUCUGGUACAGCUCCGAAAGCGAAGAGAUUGUACCGAUCACGUUUUGCGUGACGAAAUACAAGAACGGAACGGUGUGGCCGUCUAACUCGACACUGUUCUUGGACAGUGAAGUGGUUGUAGAGUGCUUGGACUUGAACACGACCUGGCCAGCCAAUUCAGAUCUGUGGCGAGCGUUCUCGAUGAAGAAGUUUCUCUCCGACGCCGGGUUUACGAUCGUGUUUGAACAAUUGAUCAGAGCUGAACUCAGGUUCACGCUAACGACGCUGUACAAGAGGAAGUUCGUUGACGUGGAGGCCCUCGAGUGUUACAGGUCACUUUACAGGUCACAGAAGUUAAGGGCAAAAGCUGCACAGUUCUUCAGGGCAAAGUACAAGAAAAAUUUGUCCUGGUCAGAUAAGCUGUUGUUCUUGGAUUUCUGGUUCGUGAUGAUAAUCGUGGAUGAUUGUUUGCUUGUGGUCGGAUCUUCGUUUAAGAUCCAGAUCGACGAAAGGAUGAUCCCAGGACUAAGGUAUAACAUGUGUUCCCUGUUUUUAGGAUCCGGAACAUUGUUCGCGUGGUGCGGUCUUCUGAGAUAUGUCGGCUACUUCAAAACCUACAAUAUCCUGAUACUGACAUUGAAGAGGGCCGUACCAACAAUCAUGCGCUUCCUACUCUGUGGCGCUCUCCUCUUUUCUGGGUACGUCGUCUGCGGCUGGGUGGUGAUUGGCCCACACCACAUCAAGUUCGAGACGACCGCGAAGGCUGCGGAGUGUCUGUUCUCGAUCACAAACGGCGACGAUGUCUUCUCCACUUUUGCCAUGAUGUUCAAGAAGGACAAUACCGCGGUGUCGUACUUCGCGACGGUUUAUCUUUACAGCUUCAUUAUCUUGUUCACGUAUCUGAUAGUGUCAUUGUUUGUGGCCAUAAUCGUGGACGCGUACGAGAUUAUCAAAGACAACGAAUCGACUAUAUCCUCUACAAGUCCCAUCCAGCGAUUUCUGGAGGAGAAUGAAGAUAGACCUGACAACGAUAUAAGCGUGAGUCCCUCGCGGGAACACGAUCUGAAUGGUGCUGUUUCAUGUGGACAGAAUCUCGAAGGUUGAUUACAACGAUUGGUUUGUUUGAACUGGAUGAUCUCUUGGGAGUACGAUACCUAAUGACCUGGGAACUUGGCGCUAUGUUUAGCAACCGGUUUCAAAUUUUGAAUGUGUUCAGCACAUCGCAAUGCUUCUUAAUAGUUUUGUUUAUAUGCAUUAUUUCUUCAUAUUUCUUCUUUUCUCUCUCUCUCUCUCUUUUUUUGAGCACGAAAGAACGAUGCGCGACGCUGAUCUCGACUUUGAGGUACCGAGUCAUUCUAGUCUGUGCAGUGGAAGUUAUGUGAUAUGUUGUCCUAAUUAUUUAUUUUUUCACCUUAGCGAUGUGUUGGUGCUCAGUUCUUGCUGUUUCGUCCUGGAAAAUAAAAAGACAUCUGGCUUU